CUUGCUUACAGAUUGCACAGUAAGUGGCUUCCGCAUUGCCUAUUAUGUACAGUCUGGCUUAUCUGAUAAACUAAACCUAACUGUAUAUUUCUCGACUUAAGUAACAGUCCUGUAUACGUACUGCGCAACUGCCCUCAACCCUCAACGUUCCAGCACCCAAUCCACCAUGAGCUCCUCUCUGACCGGUAAACUCAAAGCCUUUGUGUUUGGUUCGCCUAAUGGCACAAAUGUAUACCAGAACCUCGAAACCGCUGACGUCCCAGUCACGACCGCCGAAUGCAGGUCUUGCGCCGACCCUUGUGAUCAGGAUCACGAUGACUUCUCCAGCAGAAUGGAUAUCGACAUGGACUCCGACAUGUUAGGAUCGGUGAAGCCCUACCGCCGACAGGUGGUCAUAUCAACUGGAAAGACAGACUGGGAGAAUGAUGUGACCAAAGCUGAAGGCACGCUCGCUGCCUUCUUGAAAACCGCCAACUCUUCAUCAAGCACUCCAAAGAAACCAAAGUCCACCAACGACCCCUUACCAUCUGGUCUUUUCUCCCAUACCGAAGCAAAAAAGCUCGCCAUUCUCAAUGGAAGUCAUAGGUCUCUCUCUCAUGACGAGUCGGAAGAGACUGUGAUUGUGCUUCCAGACUUUAUGGUCGUAUCUGGAGUCCCGCGCACUUUGGCGGGCGCUGAGGUAUUGUGGAAGGCUGCUCUUGAUCCGACUAUUGAUCGGGCUGGAGCAACCACCCGAACGGACAAUCUGAGUACUUGGGUUUUACCUUACUCAUGUCUGAUAUUACUGUGCUCGCACAAGAGACGAGACAAACGAUGCGCUAUUGCGGCGCCAAUCUUAGAAAAGACCUUCCAUCAAUAUCUCGAGCGAGAAGGCUGGGAAGUCCACACCGACCUGUACGAUCUCACUUCCGAACCUUCCCUCGAGUCACAAGCCAGCUCAGCCACCGAGAAAGAACAAUUGAUUGAGACACAUCUCAAAUCUCUUCACGCUGAGCGCAGGGCGCUGAUAUUAAAGAACUCACACAUCGGCGGGCAUAAAUUCGCAGGCAACUGCAUCAUCUACACUCCUCGCGGGGCUGGUGUAUGGUAUGGACGUGUCACACCCCAUGAAGUAGAAUCGAUCGUCAAGCACACGAUUAUUGGUGGUCAAGUCCUCCCAACUAUCUUGCGUGGUGGAGUUGACCUCCCGUGCCGCGGAAAAAAGACUCUGUAUGAUUGGUGACGGAACUAUCCCUACUACAUAGAUAUUAAUGAUAGAUGCUGUAAACCUGCUGGCGGAAUUCACACAUGUUCCACCCAAACGACGAAAGGGAUACAGACCAAAUGAAUUAUUACAAUUCCUGUAAAAUGUGGUACGUUAUACUAUAGAACAACAGCGAUAACAGAAGCAGGUAAAAACAAUCCACGAUGGGCAAUCAUGUGUUCAACUCGAGAUAUAUAACAUGCUCCAUAAAGAGGAUAU